GUGAAGACAUUUUCCUCUUUCUCAUCAAGCCGUUGAGUUUUUCCCUCUGGAUACUCGACGCGUUGGACAGAGCUUCGGCACAAAUUGGCGUAGAAAAGUUUCAAGGAAAGCUUGCAUAGAGAUUGAGGAAAAGUGGAUAUAGACAGCAAAAACCUUCAUUUUUACUUGUGACCCACAGGGUGUCGCAAAAUUUUCACCCGAAUGAUACGAGCAAGUGAAAGAUUUGUACUUUUGGACCAGCAGUGCUCGUGAAAAAUAUCUCCCCGCUGAGGAGCAGAUUUUAGAACCGAAAAGUUUCUAACGGGACUAGAAUCAGGAACGAGGACACACACGCUUUUCCACAUAGCAUCCGUUCACCACCAACAGUCAACCAGGUGACCCCCCUGGAAUCGACUUCCUUUCAUCUCGCAUCAGUUGACGAAUGCUGGUAUCGGUGAGGAAGUGACAAAUUUAAAAUUGGUGGAUUGACCGCUGCAAACAAGACCAAACAUUUCGCGAGUUCGGUAAUACCACACCACGGGAACUCUCUUCUCGCCUAGUACUUAGUUUUGGGAAGGAAUAGCCAGUGUGAAAAGGAUCAACCAUGGCCGAUAAAAAAGUAGCGGAACAAUAUUAUGCCCCACCCGAAAAACUGGGUAAAUGGGAAGGAUUACGAAAGUUUCUCUGGAACAGCGAAACUAGCCAAUGCCUUGGCCGAACCGGUUCGAGUUGGGCCAAAAUUCUUUUCUUCUAUCUUAUUUUCUACGCAUUACUAGUUGGAUUCUUCUCAGCGAUGCUUGCAGUGUUCUGGCAAACGUUAGAUAUGAAAAUGCCUAAAUAUCAACUCGGUGAAUCGUUGAUAGGAUCUAAUCCGGGUCUCGGUUUCCGGCCUAUGCCAACGGAUGCCGAGAGUACGCUGAUCUGGUACAAGGCUUCAGACACUGGCAACGUCGAAGCUUGGACCAAACCAAUUGAUGAGUUCUUAGACUUGUACCUACAAGAAGAGGAUAAUCGCGUUGACUGCUCGUUCGAUAGUCCACCACCGGAGGGCAAAGUUUGCAAAGUUCCUAUGAAUGAAUGGGGUCCCUGCACAAAAGCGAACCGAUAUAACUUCAAAAAGAAGAGCCCCUGCAUAUUCUUGAAGUUAAACAAGAUUUUCAACUGGGUCCCAGAUUUGUACAACACCACUGAAGGUCUGCCCGAGAACAUGCCGGAUGAUCUCCGGGAGCAUAUCGGUUCUGAGCUCGGUCGAGGAGACAAGAACGCUAACAUCGUUUGGGUUUCGUGCGGCGGAGAGAACCCAGCUGACAAUGAACACAUCGGUCCCAUCAACUACAUCCCACGUCGAGGAUUCCCGGGAUACUUUUUCCCAUUCAAGAACAUCGAAGGCUACCUGCCACCAAUCGUCGCAGUGCACUUCGAAAGUCCCAAAAAUGGCGUUUUAAUCAACAUUGAGUGCAAAGCAUGGGCACGCAACAUCAUGCAUGAUCGAGCAGACCGAAGAGGGUCCGUCCAUUUCGAGCUGAUGGUUGACUAAGAAACGCGGCCAUCGUCCCUAGUAGCAGCUGGCAAGAGUAAGGCAGGUCGAAAAAGAUGAGUGUAGGUGCAGAUAUGAUAACAACACAAACAACAACAACAGCAACAACAAAGUAAGAUCGAACAAGUGUGUAAGCGAGCCAACAACACAGCCACCACUAGAAAGCACGGGACAAUUAAUAACAGCUAAGCAUUGAUCCAACUAAUAUAAAAAGCAAAAGCAAAAAAAAAAGAUGGAGUGGGCGACGAUAUAUGAAGCGCGGUCAAACGUCCGAAAGUGUGUAAUUCAAACUUAAAACAACAAAUUUAGGUGCGAUCUUUAAUCAAUUUCAAAUAUAAUUAACAAAUACAACAAAAAUAGAGGGUAAUGAUAGAGGUGGGAGGAGAAACAAGCGCGAAACAUCAUCUCGUAUAGGACGAAAUCAAUGAAAAAAAAAAACAAUACAUGUAUAGCUAUAAUAUGUGUACUCAUGUUGAAAUCGCGAACAUAAAAAAAACUCUAUAUAGUUAUAACAUACGAAGAAAGAGUUAGCCCAACCGGAACGCGAAAUUUAGCAGCCAUGUGAAAGGCAUGAGUCGGUGUUUUUAGUAAUGUGAUUGGAGCGAAGCGACUGAAGAAAUGCAAGUGGAAUAUACACACACUUACACAGAGGCGAUAGGGAAGCCUCUGGAAUUCUUCUGAAAAAAAGGCUAGAAGUUGUACAUUUCGGGAGUCAUUAUUUAUGCAGUAAUUUGAAAACGCCGAAUCAGUUUGUUUUCGAGUUUCGAGGAGCUGUGUACAAAGAAAGACCUGAGGAAAAUAGUGUGCAAAUCGAUUAGAACACAAAUGCAACCGAAGAUGGCUUAUUUUUUGUAUGAGUCCCAAAAACUUAAACAUUGUGAAGCUUUUACAUAGGGAAAUAAUGAGCAACAGCAAAACAUACACAGAUAGUAUACAUUUGUGAUUUUAAAAAAAUUGCGAAUAAACCUUGUUUGGUUCACUUGGUUUUAAAGUUUGAUACGUUGGAAUCAAUUAGACAGUAGCUACUAAAGUCACAAGUGUAUCCGUGAAGUAUAUCAGUAAAACUGAGACAGCAGCAGCAACAGCAGCAAACAAAACAAAAAAAACAGUUAGAAAAAUACAGAAGAGUAGUUGCUAAACAAAGAAAUUAGUGCGAUCAUGCAGUUAAACCAUCUGAACGAGAAACAAAUUUAAGGGCCUCUUUCUAUUCUUACACUCACUGCCCAACAAAAGAAAAAAAUAAAAUAAAUCAUGAAAAUGCCCAAGUAAAGUCAUGUUUAUAAACGCAUAUAAACACAGGAGCAAAAGCAGUUAAGUAAAUUUAAAAAAAUAAAUAAUUCGGUGUAUUUACACAAUGAGAAACGAACCAUGCAAAACAAAAAAGUUAAAUUGAUAAAAGAAUUAGGGAUUUCGAGAUUCAAUGAGUAAUGCAUUAUAAAAUAAAAUUCACUCAAACUGCGGCGGUUGUGUCCAACAGCCAUGCACAGUUCAAAUUGAACUGAGCAAAUGUUGGAUCCACCCCUGCAGCAAUGAGCGCGAAUAUAAUUGUUUCUAAAUCAGUCCCAUUGGCACAUAACGCUCUGAAUUUAAGCGCCAUCAUAUGGUGUCCGGAGGAGCUAAUUCGACAGUAAACAUCAGUGUUGGAAGCGAAACUAUUUUUUUUUUUUGAGAUAAGAGGAAAAAAGUUGUUGAAAUUAUUAUUAACAAAACUAUUAUUGGAGAAUCUUGAUAGAAAACGAAUGAUAAAACCAGAUACAAAAAAAAUUGAGCCUCGUAUAAAUAACAAAAACAUCUCUUGCGUAAAACAGAUAAGAUAAAUAGAUAAAAACGGCAUUGCAAUUGAAUGUUACUGAUUGUGCGCCAAAUGCAUUUUUAACGCGCUUUUUUUUUGUUUCUCCCUUACCGGUAUAACAUUGAUUCCGCGAUGGAUGUAGAUUACACGAUGAUUUCGUUUUGUGUAGAACUAGUUUUCGCUUCUAGUGUAUGUGUCGGUUUGUUUGUUAUUUAUUUUCUAGUGUUAAAUAAUUUAUUUGAAUCCAAAGUAUUCCAAUUUAUUAUAGUUUAUCCAGAGUUUUCUUUAAUUUCCUUGCGCACUGUGUUCAUAUAUUGAGAACAAAAAAAGAAGUUAUUGAAGUUUAUAACACUGUUUAAGUGAAGCGUAGAUUAACUGUAAUAAACGAUUAACUAAACAAUAAUAGAACACACAUUAUAGAAAGGAACAAAAAGAAUGGAAUAUCACGCCGUAACAUUCAUACUUUUUGAACAUAUGCGCCUGUAGUUUUAUACACAUUUAGUCAAUAUUUUGAAGGUAAACGAAGUGAAUUAUUAAUGAAAAUAGAAGUUUAUUUUAGUUGUAUUUAGUCGUUUGAAUUAUAUUGUAAGAUGCUAAUUGAGAUAAAGAUAAAAAUACUACAUUUAUUACAGGAGGUAUGUGGAAUCGAUUGUAAUGAAAUAAUAGAUUUCGAUCGACUGUGAAUAAAUAUUAGAAUUUCCCGUUAUUUCGAGAAUUGCCGCUGAACUUAAACGAGUUAAAAUAGCUAAAGAUUUUUUUUUUCGUUACAGACUGGAAUGCUUACACAUAGACAGCGCGAGUAAAACAGUAAAACUGAUUGUUAGAUUCAGAAAACCGCAAGCAUACAGUUAAUAAGCUCUCGUAUGAAUUAAGCAACCGCUUCAACCUAUCGAAAACAAUAAAAAGAAUCAGAUAGAGUCAUCUAGAUUCACUUAUGAAACCCCAGGACAAAGUCGCUUUCUGGUAAAUCACAAGAUACAUUAAAUAAGACGUUGAAGAGGUUCUUAAAGCAAAAAAAAGUUUCAUUCACUUGUAAUAAGAAAUAAACUAAAGAACACCCACCACAUACACACGAGUACAGCUAAACGUAAAAAAAAUAAUGGAAAAUAUAAACGAAGUAAUGAAAGUAAACAAAAACAAGUAAUGUAAAGCUAUUAUCUUUUUAAUGAAUAAUUAUUGAAAUAAAAACUGAGAAAUCUGUAGAGACGAA